UUUCUGGUGUAUAUGUGGAGCCUGGUCAGGUUUAAUCUUAACACUUCAAGUGCAUGCAGAAGUUUCAGUCUGAAUUUUUAUUUUUUAUUAUCCCCAUAUAUCAUUUUAGCUCCUUUUUUGGCUAAAUUAAAGCUGCAGUUUAGAGUUAAUUUUCUUAGAGCAAGAAACAAGACAAAACAGCAGAUACUCACUACCGGUGGAAUGGAGGGUCUUGCUAAAUAUUUGGGCUUCAACAGGACUCUUUCUCUGAUAUGUUGCACGUUCUGGAUUUUCUCACCAACAGAAGGAACCACUAUCUCAAAGGUGGUUGGCAACAGAGUGGUCCUGCACUGUGACACGGAGCCCAACAACAAGCUCACUCAGCUGACGUGGAAAAUGAACGGGGUCAACCUGUUCAGUUUCAGCCCCAGGAAACCCUUACACACGAGUGACAAGGCUUACAACCUCAGCAUAAAUAUGUCACUAAAUAACUCAGAGAGCCCACAAUAUGCACUGAUCAUAGAGAGAGUCCAGACGUCUCAUUCGGGAAACUACACCUGUGAGAAAACCUCAAAUGACGGACCUUACUCAAAGCACUGGGAGCUUAUAAUUACAGAGCUUGUGGAAGAAGAGAAUUUGUAUAUGAUAGUGAUUGCUGUGGCUGUUCCUUGUGUGUGCUUCCUGAUCUUUAUAAUUGUGCUGACCAUUCUGCACAGAGUCUGCAAACCGUGUGCAGGAAAUAGCACACAUCCUCCCACUACAGCGGAAGAGCAAACAGAAGAUAUUUAUGAAAACUGCCUAGAAAUGUUUCCUGAACGACGUGGCUAUAAUCAUUCGUGUCAUUUCAAUCCCUGAGCUCACUGAUAUGAAGGGCACACCAACACCCUAAAAGGAAAGGGGAAUCCAAAGAGUAAGAGAGUACUACGAGUGGGCAACCAUCUUUUCUGCAAUACAAACUCAACAUUGUUUUUUCACAUCCUCUGUUGUGAGUUACUUUCACUAAUAAUCAUUACUUUAGCCUUUUUUAUAUUUUUAUAUGCAAUUUCUAAAUAAAUGUACUGUAUGUGAUGAAGAGCAUAAUCUUUACAUAUGAAUGUUUUUUCUUUGGUGUGUUUGCAAAAACUUACUUAUUUUAACAUCUGCAUUAACUGCCACUACCACUAUGAGCGACUUUUCACAUUACACAGUGCUUCGAUCCAUUUGAAUAAAAUCAUUGAUGAAUGCCAGAA